AUGCGACUCAUCCGAAACUUUCCCUGCCAGGGAUACCGACAGCUAGAAGAGUUGCUGCAAAACGCAUCCAGCGCAUCUCUUCCUGGUUCUGGGAAGAGACAAUGCCCUGAGGCUCCGGACGUUGGCAGGGAGACGAUGCUCACAGACAUUUGGGAGACACCAGAAGUACUUCGAGGCCUUUUGCAAGUCUACAUGAAAGAUGGAGUGGUGGAACUCCCAGGUCUUCGGGACAAGCUGCCGCCAGAGCAUGGCCUUGCAGGGAGAACCCCACUGGAAAUCAUGGCUGCGAGUUCCGAAAAGCGGAUGGCAGAAGGCUUCACGAACAGGUUCAGCAUUAUUGGUUCUGGGACGUCUUGGCACGCGACAUUGCUGGCAGAAUAUUUGAUUGAGUAUAUGGCCAGAAUACCUGUGGAGGCACAUUAUGCCUCUGAGUUUCGGUAUCACGAGCCUUCGCUUCAGACUGGCGAUGUGGUCUUCGUCGUUUCCAUGUCAGGGGAGACCGCAGAUGCUGUCGAAAGCCUUCGUCAAAUCACAAAGUCAGCGCUGGGCAAAAACGUCCUGAAGAUUGCCGUUGUCAACAGCUCGUCGUCUACCCUGGCAGAGGAGUCUGAUCUCGUCAUCAACGUGCAGGCUGGUGCAGAGGUCGGCGUCGCUUCCACUAAAGGUUUCUCGGCGACGGGUUUUGUCUUUGAGCUGCUCAGUCUGGCUUUGGCAGAUGAGUGUGGUACGAUCACAGAUGCUGAGAGGUCAAUUUUCGUGAAGCGCUUGCACGAACUGCCAGAAGGCAUGCAGGAGGUUCUCGAUCGAGAGGCCAAGCCCCUGAUGCAGACCUCCACAGACAACCCCAUCGGUAUUGGAGAAUGUCCCUUGUGGGAUAUUGGUUGCCAGAAUGUCCUCGCCCAGAACUUCAUUUUUCUGGGACGUGGUUGCAGCUUCCCGGUGGCUUUGGAGGGUGCAAUGAAGUGCAAAGAGCUUGCCUACAUUCACGCCGAGGGCUAUCCGGCUGCUGAGAUGAAGCACGGUCCCAUCGCAUUGAUCGAUGAAUUCAUGCCGGUGGUCGUUGUUUGUCCCAUGGCAGAUGCCACCUACGAAAAGAUCAAGUCAAAUAUCGAGGAAGUGAAGGCAAGGAAUGGCGCCACCAUCGCCAUUACGGAAAAAUACAACGAUGAACUGGAACAGCUUUGCGAAUACGUCAUCGGUUUGCCUGAAACGCAUGAAUAUUUGAUGCCAAUCUUAGCCAUGGUGCCUCUCCAGUUGCUGGCAUACAUGAUGGGCAUCCUCCGGAACAACACCGUCGACCAUCCACGUGGCCUAGUGAAAAGCAUCUCCGUGAAAAUCGAGGAGACGGGCAGCGGCUAUGCCGCAUGA